CCGCUGUCCCUCUUCACUCUCCGGGCCGCGCGGAGCAGACGGACAACAAGUUAUCAUGCGACGCCGCGUGGCGGGUAUUCCCGUCGCACUUCUCCUCGUGACCCUGGCCACGGCAGCGGCCCGCCCCUCCGUGUGGCGGUGGCGGUGGCGGCGCGGCCUGCCGCUGCCGGUGGCGCUGCCGCUGCCCCUGCCGCCGUCGCUGACGCCCCCGCGGCUGCCAGUGCCGCCGACGCUGCCCCCGAUGCCGCCGCUGCCGCAGGUGACGCCGUGCCCGCCGUACACCUACCCUGUCCAGCCGGCGGCCCUGCCCGUCACGCCGCCCCCGAUCAGCUGGGCGCCCUGGAGCCAGAACGGCUCGAUCGGCGUGCCGCCCGUGCCGCAGGGCCUGCAUGCCGCCGUGCAGGAAAACCUCCGGAGGUUUUGGGAGAUGCAGCGGGCGCUGGACCGAGGCGCUUGGCCGACAGUGGAGGUGCCGGGGAAGCCCACGUGCAUCCCCUGUGGCCGUCCGCCGGGCAGCGUCCCCGGUGACCCCCCGUCGGUGGCCGCCCCUGGAUACGCAACCGUCGUCGGUGAUACCGCGGUCCCUGGGGCCUCCGUGGGGGCGGCGCCCUCAUCCCCGGUCGGGCCAGUUGUAACGAGCGCGCCGCCAUCGCCCCCAGCAGAGGCGCCUCCAACCACACCAGCAGUCAUCGCGGACACCAACUCAACCCUUGAUUUCCCCUCAGUGGCACCCUCUACGCCAGCUUCGAACAUUCCCUCAAUGACACCGUCAGUGGCACCCUCAACGCCACCUUCAGACAUUCCCUCACUGGCGUCAUCAGUUGCACCCUCCACGCUAUCCUCAGACAUUUCCUCAGUGGCACCAUCAGACGUUUCCUUAUCGGCGACGUCAGGGGCACCCCCUUCCCAACCCUCAGAUGUUUCCUCAUUGGUGCCAUCAGUGGCUCCCCCCGCGCCACCUCCAGAUACUCGUCCAGAGGCACCUGUAGCGAUGCCCUCUGUUGCACCCCCAGCGGAGCCCUCGACGACAUCCUCAGCUUCGCCCUCAGAAGCACCCACCUCCGCCUCAUCAGCAACUCCAGACACAAGUGGUUCACCAGUCACUGAUACUCCGCCGUCAUCGCCGACGCCAGGCGCUGCCCCGGGCUCGCCCGACGCGGCCGCUGUUCUCAACCUCGACGUGUCCGACGUCGCCCCCCAGGCCCCGGGGCCGGGCGUCGUGGCCGCGGUGGGGCCUAUCGGCGCGUCGGGAGUGCUGCCCGGUGGAGUAUCCGGGGGCACGUCGACGGUGCCUGCCGCGCCAACGGCGACAUCCCCGCAAGAGUCUUCAACGGCUACGCAAAGUUGAAGGGGAGGAGAGUAGGACUGUUAUUGUAAAUAAUUUAGGGCAAAAAUAGGAGAAUUAGGAUAUUUAUAAUUAUUUAUUUUAUUAUGCAAUUUGAAAUGUCACUUCCCAAUAAAACGAAUUGAAUUGUUUCCGCAGCGUA